AUGCGCAAACGAGCCCCUCGCAUCUGCCCUCACAACCCCUCACAAGAUGGCGUAUGUGGUUGUCAUGAAUUCUGGGAGCGUAGCAAACAGCCUUCCUCCGAUACCGGGGUUACUGCAGAUGCGACAGUAGGUGGUGAGAACAUAAUAGUAGAGCAAGAAAGAAAGAAAAAGAAGAGGAAGAGAGGAGGGAAAAAGCAGCGUAGAAAGGAAGAGAAGAAGAGAAUGGAAGAGGGGAAAGAGAAGAACACUAUGCAAGUUCUGGUCGAUUAUGAGCUGCCUGACGACGAUGACCGUCUGGACUGGGACACGGAUGAAGUGCGGAGAAUGGCGGGGGAGGUUGCGUGA